GCCUUACGAGGCGUGCCGCUCGACGCACGACAUGCCGCCGCUCGCGCCCGUGCGUACCGUGACGACCGCGCGACUGUGAUCAACUAGUGACUGACUGAAAAACACGAUGGCCUGUUCCCGCGGGCUCUGUACGGCCGAUAAGGUCUUCAUCUUUAUCAACAUCGCCUUUGCCAUGUACAGCGGAGCCAUGCUGGCGACGGCGGCGCGGCUGGCGUGGGACCCCAGCACCUACACGUGGUUCCGCUUCCUGUGCGCGGCGCAGUACCGCGUGUCGUGCGCCUACGUGCUGGCGUGCGGCCUGUGGCUGGCCGCGCUCGUGUACCUCGCCGCCGCCACGCGCUGCCUGCGCCUGUACGCGGCGGGCGUGGCGUGCCUGGCGGCCAGCGAGGUGGCGUACGGCGCGUGGAUGGCGGCGUCGCUGGCGGCGUGGUGGCGCACGGCGCCGCAGGCCGCGCUGGCGCGCCACGGCAUGGACCUCAUGCACGACCUCAAGCCCGCGCUGCUGGCCGUCGACCGCUACCGCGACGUGGCGCGCCCGCUCUACGACAUGCUCGAGGAGGUGGAGCGCGAGGCGCCCAACAACGCCUUCGUCAUCGUCGUGUUCGGCAUCGUCGGCGCCGUGCUGCAGGUUGUAGCGUUCAUAAUGGCAGUGCGGAUGGCGCGGCGGGGCGGCGGCGGCGGCGGCGGCGGCAGCAGCGCCGGCUCGCUGCCCGAGAAGGCGUGCGCCGACGAGGACAGCGACUGCGGCGCGCCCGCGGCGCCGCCCGGCUGGCGCAAACGCGCCAACCUCGGCAUGUACACCAUUCUCGACAAGAUUUUCUAGCAGGUAAUAUCAAUGUGAAGCUCAUUUAACCUUACCUACUAUUUAUACAUGAAUUUUUAGUUGAUUCAAAUAUGUACUUUGACAAAAUGUGUUUUAUCUAUGGUUCCUUUCAAAGUUAGUGCCUACAUAAAUUAAUCAUGGCUGCCAGUCUCUCGAUAAAGUAGAUGAAAAUAAACCAACACGCCAGUACAUUCGAUAUCAGAGAAUGCUCACUCACAGGCGUGUGAGGUG